CCUCUUCCCAAAAAAAAUUCCACCAUUUUCUCUCUUCUUUUUCCUAUCCAAUUUCAGCUCCAAUAUGGCGAAACAAAGGGAGAAAUAUGGAUUGCCGUAUGUGCCUCAGUUUGGAGCUUGGGAUCAUAAAACUGGGGACAAUCUUAAUUUUUCCAUGGUAUUUUCCCAAGCUCGUGCAAACAAGAAGCAGAAUAGACAUAAUCUAGCACAACACAACCUGGGAAAUGAGCAAGAGAUUCUUGCCAAGCUCCAAGAAGUUUCACCCAGAGAAGAUAGCUCGACGCCAGUGCCUCAAUUUGGAGAAAGGAAUCAAAAGACUGAGGGAAAUCCUGAUUAUUCCAAGGUGUCCCCCAAAGCUCAUGCCAACAAGAAGUCACAUAGACAUGAUCUAACACACCGAAGCCUGGGAAAUGAGAAAGAACUUGGCAAACAUCAAGAGGUUUCAUCCAUGAAACGUCCAAUGUCUGUGCCUCAAUUUGGAGUGUGGGAUCAAAAGAGUGGGGGUAGUCCUGAUUAUGCAAAGGUGUCCCCUCAAGCUCGUGCCGAAAAGAAGCAACAUAAACAUGCUUCAGCACGCCGCAAGUUGGGAAAUGAACAGGAGCUUCGCAAGCACAACGAGGCUUCACCUAGGAAAAAUAGUCCGGUGGCCAUGCCUCAACAUGGAGCACAGGAUCAAAAGACAGGGGACAAUCCUAAUUAUCCCAUGGUGUUCUCCCAAGCUCAUGCUAAAAAGAAGCAGCAUAAACCCCACAGCCUGGGAAAUGAACAAGAGCUUGGCAAGCGCCAGGAUGUCUCACCGAUGAAAACUGGUUGGUUGUCUGUACCUCAAUUUGGAGAGUGGGAUCAAAAGACUCCGAGCGAGACCAAUUAUUCUGUGGUGUUCUCUCAAGCGCGCGCCAACAGGAAGCAUCACAAAAGUGAUUUAACCCAUCGUAGCUAUGAUUUUGAGCAGGAGCUUCUUUGCAGGGAGCGAGAGCAAGCUGCCAGGAGGAAAAAGAACAAGUUCCUGACGUAUCUUAGUUGCUGUCUUCCUGUAUGAUGCCGUGGUUUUUUAGUGUGGGCGAGCAGCCUCCUUUUUAACAGUCUUGACCUGACUAUUUCUCUCAUGUGUUCUUAAAGUAAGCAUGAGAGAGUUUUAUCAAUUUUUCAGUAGGGUAUAUGUAUGCAUCCAAGCCUCUUGCUUGGAGUAAAACUCAAGUAAAUAUAGCAGUGUUACAGUCAAUAGCUAUGUAAUUCUUGGUAUCUAUUUA